ACGUUUUGGGGAAAAAUAGCGUAAGGGUAACGUUUUAGGAACCAAAAAUUGUUAGCUGGGUAUGAGUAUUGAAUGUUAUUUUUAAGUCUUAUAGGAACAGGAAUUACGACUAGUAAAGCCACAUGUAUUUAAUGCUUAAACAACUUCCCAGAAAAACAGCAGCUUUCUCUCUCUGAGGGGCGUUCAUGAAUCAGGAGAACUUGUUGACACGGAAAUCCUGUGGAAUUUAACCAGACGACAACUUUUCUUUCCAGUCUGAACUCGACCUGCUAAAGUGUUUUUAUUUAAAUGUGCCGUAUAACUUUGAGUUCAUAUCAUAAUCCAACAAGGACACUUGACAUCAAGAAAGCUUUAUAUCUGAAGAGUGUCUGGUUGCAAUAUGGAAACUUCAAAACCUCAAGUAGAGGGAGCUGAAUACAAGACAGCCGUUUCAUCUGAACACCACAGCGUGAAGCCAUACCCUUUCUGUAGAUUUGAUGCUAAACACAUGUACAUAGAAAACAGCAUUUUUAACGUAACUGAAACAGGUCCUAUAGAUCUCAUACAACCAUGCCAUGAAUACAAAGCAUUCACUAAUACACCAGAAGAAAAAAGAAUGAAAAAAUUUACUGAUGAGGUCAUUCGCUUUGCAGCAGCUUGUAUGAACAGCCGCACGAAUGGCACCAUUCAUUUCGGAGUGAUAGACGAACCGCAUGGACAAAUUCUGGGUGUAAGCGUUCAGAAAACUGAUAAGUUUGAUACAGCUCUGUCACAUGCUAUCGAAACGCAUUUUUCACAAGGUCAUGUUCAGACAGCAAAAAUCUGUAUUAAACCCCCCCGAUUUGUUGAAGUUCUCAAAGCUGACAAGACACCUGCAAAAAAAUAUGUAAUCGAGGUAGAUGUAGAGCCAUCCUCUGUAGUCUGUAAAGACUAUUUGUUUUACAUUAGUAAUCUGAACAAAGAUGAGAAGAAGAAGAAAUAUGACAAGACUUUCUUUAUAAGAGACCGCGGCAGCAGCAGCAGUCUUUCAGGAAAGCCCUUGGAAAAGUAUGAGAAAAAUACCAAAGAUAUAUCCCAUCCAUGCCAGUUAAGGAAGGAAGCUGAGGAGAAGCAUCUCUCUGCUGUCAAAAACAGUGUGCAUGGCUCUAAACUGUGUGAGAUGAUAACAGGCGGGACCCGCUCUAUGGACAGAUCAAAAUAUGAACAGUACAUUGUGGUGGCUAACAAAUCCCAUGCGACACAACUGGAAAACCUGCGAUUUCUUCUUCACUUGAAACUAGUAGCUGUUUUGGAUUUCGAUUCAGAAUCUGCUGAGCAUGGCUUGAAUACAUUAUUUAAGGAGAGAAAAACGGUCAGUGUUUACUCACCGACUCAGUAUAAAACUGCAAGUGCGAUUAAAGACAAGGCAAACACAAGCUGGGUUUUCUGUAAUGGAGGCAUCAAUGGGGAAGAGCCCUCUGAUGCUGAUAAAUGGUCAGUGGAGAAGGGAUCUUCUGUGCGUGAUGUUGUUUCUUUAAUGUCCCAAACUGCUGUGGGGCAUCCCAAAAAAUUUCUUGUUAUAUUCUUGCUGUUAAGUGAGGUGAACGAUGCCACAGACCCUUUACUUGAGACCUUCAGCAUGUUUUUAGAGAAGCUUCAAAAACAAAAUCAAAUCUUAUGCAUCAGUGACAGUGAAACCAAAUUCACCUUCUGGAAGAAUCUCCUUAAGAACCGAUAUAAUAUUGAAAUCUCGAGAAGCAUUUUCGAGCUGAGUUUUGCUGAGGUCAAUGACACUGUGCUCAGUUUGUUCUCAGAGAAUCACAAAUCAAGACGCUUUCUGCCUUGUGGUGACGGUAAGGUUGUGCUCAAGAAGACAACCGAGGAAUCCUUAGAUAUGCUGAGUGUCCUUUGUGUGAACCAAUGUGAAGGAGAAUGUCCAGACAGACGGCAAAUCGAAGAGAAGUUUUACAAAGGAGAGAAGGUGUCUUGGUGGAACUUUUACUUCUCAAAGCAACCUGGGGCAACGCCAUUCUUCGAACGUGAUAAGUUUGACUACAUCAUCAACACAAUUAUCCCAGACAUUCAGAAGCAGAACAGAGCUUGUGUGUUUUUCAACAUCCUCCAUGAACCAGACUGCGGCGGCACUACGUUAGCCAUGCAAGUCUUAUGGAAACUCAAGGAAAAAUUUCGUUGCACAGUGCUGAAGGACACAGUUCUGAAGGACACAACCGAUAACCUUACUACUGUAGCCAAACAGGUAGCGGACCUGCUAAUAUAUGAGACAAAAGAGAAAGAAACACGACUUCCUGUUCUGCUCAUGAACGAUAACAUCCUAUGCUAUCUGAAAGUCUUGGAACUCCAAAAUGAAAUUGAGAAUGAAUGUUCGAACCGGAACAUUUUUUCCAAGUCCCCACAAGUCAUAAUUGUGAACUGCAUGAGAGUUGAAUCCUGUGAACAGACUGAGGGAACCGAUGAUGCAGUUGCUAUUGGAAACCAAUUAUCCGAGAAAGAAUAUAAACAGAUUGGGGACAUGCUUAGGACGUACGCAAAUGCUGAAACAUUUUUGUUGCCUGCAUUUCUGAGGUACAACUUUUCACCUGACCUCACUCAACGUGUUGUAAAAAACACACUGAAUGGAUUCAACUUUCAACACAAGCCUGCUCAACUUUUUGCCAUUCUUGUUCUCUUGGAUGCCUACUGCAGGGAUGCUUCGCUGUUAGUCUCUACAUGUGAAGAGUUUCUUGAUCUGCACUCUGAAUCAGGCAAAGUUGAAGAUGGAUUGAAGAAGUUUAACAUUCUUUUGAGAAGACGCACAGUUCCUUCCAAACCUCACUUGGAAGUCAUGAAGGUUAUUCACUCGUCUGUAGCCGAGUACUCUUUAAAAGAGCUUUCGGCUUCUCAUUGUGUGACCAGGGCAGAAAUUACUAACCUUCUGCUCACAACAAACUUAUUUUAUGAAUCCGCUCUGGGGAGAAAACAUUUUAUGCAGAACAUCCAAAGCAUGUUGGUAAAGAGGCAAAAUUUAGCAAAUGGUGAAGACUUUACUUUAUCUCCUCUUAUCCAACAUAUAAUAAGAGAGACUCCAGGCAGGGAAGGGACUGUUUUACUCAAUGCCAAAAAGUGGUUUACACCGGAUACAGCAAUAUUACAGUUCCUUGACAGAAACAUCAACUUGGAAAGAUCCUGAAAUAGAACAAACUCUCAAAAAUGUUUCAAUGUUUGUAUCAUUUACCUUCUGCUCUCACGACUGGACUCUUGAUCGGUGUGCUUGUUUGGUUAUUUAAUUUAUAUUGAAUUGCUAGUUUAUUCCUCUUUGGUGAAGAUGUGGUUAAACAAUCAGGAGGCUUCUGCCUGUUUGAAAGGGGGCAGGUUUCCAUUGUAAGGUGUCAGUCAGCCAGCUAUUCAGCAUGUGGGCAUUUGUCCAUCCAUAGAUCCAUAUGGUUUUCUUUCUACAUUUUAAUUUUGCUAGUAAGUUUAGUUUGGGGAUUAUUAGACAUUGGGGUUUUGGUUUGAUUAUUUCUUUUGUUAAGUGUCCUCUGAGUAUUCAUGUGAGGAUUACACGUUUGAAAAUAAAUUCUUAUAUAUUAACGAUAUUUCUUGCUUUUGGUUAAACAAUAACAAUAAACUUUUAUGUUGCUUCUAGUCUUGUCAUAUCUGUUAUAGAGCAUGUAUAUCGGAGUUGCCAGGACUGUGCAAACAAAACUAGCCCAAAAAGAAUUCAAUAUGAUUUGACUGAAUUUCUAUCAGGGGAUUUCAGCCAAUGGCAACAACUUAACAAUAACCAAAUUAUGUGGGAAAACCACAGACUUGGCAACAUUAAUGUGCACAUUGCUUUUCUGAAUUAUUUAGAAGCAGCUUUACACAAAAUAAUCUACAGAUCUAACACAUACAGUAUGUGACUAUGCACUAGACAUACAUUAUAUGCUUAAAAUUAUUUGACUUUUAUGGCCAAAAUCAUUAGGAUAUUAUGUAUAGAUCAUGUUCCAUGAAGAUAUUUUGUAAAUGUCUUACUUAUUUUUGAGUGGAUGCAGUUUCCAAGAACUUCAUGUGGAAAUCUUUUCUCAAAAUUGUUCAUUUUUGCACCUUUAGAUUCCAGAUUUUCAAAUAGUUGCAUCUAUGUCAAAUAUUGUCAUAUUUAUUCAGCUUUCAUGUAAUGUACAAUUAUCAAUAAGAAAAAUUGACCCUUAUGACCCUUAGGUUUUUUGGUCCAGGGUCACAUAUUCUAGUUUAAAUUCUUACUCUUUUGGUGUUUUCGUGUUUAUUAUUAAGGGAUUUAAAUCCUGCCAUGAUUUAAAACUGAAAAUAAGGUUAUUUUAUUUGCAUAUUUCCUGCAUGAAAGUCAUGUUUAUAUUAUUACCACAAGAUAAUCAUUAAAAGUCUUUGGAAAUAAUUAACAUGCAGUGUUCACAGAUUUCACAGACAGGGUCACAUAUAAUACAACUGUUUAUAUCACAUUUCAUAAAAACUUUGCAUGUUCAAAAAAAAUGAAGAAUUUGGUUCCAAAACUAUUUUUUUUUUCAAAAAUGUAAAUUAUUAUGUUAUCAUGUUUUAUCAUGCCUAGCUGUUUUUUUAUUAUGAAGGCUUAAAUCAAAACGAACCAACUGCAGGAGUUAUCUCAUUUUGGAACCAAACUCUUCAAAUAUAGUGUAUUAGUUUAUAGCACAUAUAAGUCUCCAGCCAAGCUACACGCACAGUUUAAUUUAAAGCAAUUUAGUCAGGUGACAGCACAAACGGUCAUGCAGAGAAAACCUUCAAUGGAUCACAUAAAAGCAAAGAUAAAGCAAGUGGUCAUGCAUUCAGUGCUUUUUAAAGGCUCUGCUUGAGCACACCGUCUAAACCAAGGUGAGAAUGUCACGCCCCUUUACUGUAAGUAUUUCAAGGAAAUCCUCUGAAUAAAUUCUGAAAAUGUAAUGUUGAAAGAAAUUCAUGUGGGAGUCUGUUUUGUCUAUGUAUGAUUUAGCAGCACCUGCAUUAAAAAAACCUCAGCAACCAGCUAUCAGUUAAGAGAACUGCCAAGAUAUCUAAUUUACCAAUCCUGACUGCUGAUUAUAAAAAAUGUGAAAUUCUCAUGCUCCAAAAAAUUCUGUGAUCGCCGUUGAUCAAUUCUUACUGUGGCCAUGAUCCAGCAGUGAAACACAUCAUUAAAAAUGUGUCCCUUGAUCAGGGGUGAUGUUGGUUUGUUAUAUUCCUGUACAUGUAGUUGCCUAUGUCCUCACUCUCUAUGAUUCGAAAGUAAGACAAAUUAUAGUCAGUCUCACAUUUCAACUUGGCUUCUGUUUCUUACAAGCGUGUUAGAUAUAGCAAUGUGUUUUUACAACAUUGUGUACCGUUUCUAGCUACAUAAACCUAAAAAAUAUUUUGGUGACAACGGGUCCCAAAUGCAUAAAUGUAAAUUUACAUUGUACUCCAAGGUACUUGAAUAUCAUUGCAUAAAGGUAUAGCCCCCCCAAAAAACAUUAUUGCAUUGUAUAUAUUAUCCUUCCAUGGUUCCAAAAUAUCCUAAAUAUUAAUAUAAGGGAAGUAGUGGUGCUUUGUUUAUAAAUGGCUGCUGUUGUAAUUCUCUUUAUUGUGUCUUUAAAAAAAACCUUUACAACCUAAUCUAUAAAGGACCUGCUGAUGACCCCUGAAACAGCAUGAUUCGAAAUAUAAUUCAUAUCGGUGUAUUCAGUGCCUUUACUUGAAAUCGAACACAUGACCUUAAUUAAGCUACAAAAACAAAGUGCUAAAGUUGAAUACUUGUUGGGUUUAUUCAGAU